GCCCCGGGAGAAAAAGGAGGAGAAGAAAUGAGUUAGUUGCAGAAUGAUGACAAGGACGAGGAUAGCAAAGUCAAGGAGGCUGUCAACAGUCCCCAUCGGCUUCAUGAUUGUGUUUACUCUUGUCAUGAUUAUUCAAUCACCCGCUUCCUCAUCCAAAAAUACAGCAUUUCUUGGAGCUCUUUUUAUUCACAAACUCGUUGUGGAUGGUUCCUUCCUUCUUCUUGAAUCCAAAUUUUUCUACUACUAAAGAAAUGAUGCAUUUCUGCACUUUGGGAUAUUUUAUUGAAGAGAAAUUUGAUGUAGUGCUGGUGGGGCCCAUCCCCCUCCCACCUAUUCUAAUAAAAAUGUAGUCUUGUCAAUUAUGUCCGUAUUGUAAAACUCUUCCGCUACCAUUCUUCUCUCCGCCUUCAUGUAUCGUAGCACCACCACCUACCCAUCUUUAUCAACUCUCCUCAAAGCCUUGCUCGGUGAGAUCGGAACCAUCGCUACUAUAAGAAGCACCUCAUCCUCCCAGCUUUUUGCUCCUCCCCGUUAUACUCCUGCUCAGCAUCACCGUCACUGUUUCUCUUCUCCAGGUUUAUUGGGAAACUUCCAAGAAAUGACUGGUGACAGUGGCAAGCCCAUCACACGUGUUCUUUUUUGUGGACCACAGUUCCCUGCUUCACAUAAUUAUACAAAAGAGUAUUUGCAAAGCCAUCCAUGCAUAAAGGUUGAUGUGGUCCCGUUAGAUGAUGUGCCGCAUGCUAUUGGAAAUUAUGAUAUUUGUGUUGUAAAAAAUAUGCGGCUGAGUGCAGAUGUCAUUGCUAGAGCAAACAAAUUGAAGCUUAUUAUGCAGUUUGGAGUUGGUCUAGAAGGUGUUGACUUAAAUUCUGCUACAAAACACGGAAUUAAGGUUGCCAGGAUUCCUGGCGAUGCCACUGGAAAUGCAGCUUCAUGUGCUGAAAUGGCCAUAUAUCAGAUGUUGGGUCUCCUUCGCAAGCAGUAUGAAAUGCAAGUUGCCGUGAAGCAGAAAAAACUUGGAGAACCAGUUGGUGACAUGCUGCUUGGAAAAACGAUAUUUAUCAUGGGAUAUGGAAAUAUUGGGAACCACUUGGCAAAGCGCUUGCGGCCUUUUGGUGUGAGCAUACUUGCUACCAAAAGGAGUUGGCCUUCAUCUUCGCAAAGCUCAUGCAAAUCUGACGUGUCAUACAGUGAAAAUGGCACCCAUAAUGAUCUUGUGGAUGAGAAGGGUGGUCACCAAGAUAUUUUAAAGUUCGCAAGGCGCGCUGACAUAGUUGUUUGUUGCUUGGCAAUGAACAGUGAAACAGCUGGCAUUGUUGACAAGGAUUUCAUAUCUUCCAUGAGAAAGGGUGCUCUUCUAAUAAAUAUAGCCCGAGGCGGCCUGCUGGAUUAUGAAGCUGUACUCCAUCAUCUCAAAUCAGGUCACCUGGGAGGGCUAGGGAUUGAUGUUGCAUGGACUGAGCCAUUUGAUCCAGAUGAUGCUAUUUUAAAAUUCCCGAAUGUCAUAAUCACACCUCAUGUUGCUGGAGUUACUGAAUGUUCCUACAGAUUCAUGGCCAAGGUUGUUGGAGAUGUUGCCCUUCAACUCCAUACAGGAACACCGUUCACUGGGGUGGAGAUUGUCAAUUAAGCAGCAAGAUACAGGAUAGUCAUUAUAAACAAUUUGAGUUACAGAAGCUAUGAAGAACAUUUUUCCAUUUUAUCCAUGAUUUGGGCAAAUAAUUCUUGAAUAACACCCUUCGUUCCCGGAAAUAGCUUUUUGUAU